AUGUUAUCCCCGGAUUGUGACAUAAAAGAUAAUGACAGUAGACAGGAUUCUCCAGGAGAUAACCCCAUUACCCCAAUUAUACAGCCAGCUCUAUCAGCUGAUCCCUCUGAUCCUGGGAAAUGUUCUCCUGAUCACUCUGAUAUUGGUGCAUCUGUUACAGCUCUGACAGUAGAUACAGUGUUUCCGUGUUCUAUAGAUGCCAAAUGUUUUACACAGAACACAAAGCCUAUUAAACCACACACAGGUAAGGCAGGUGGAAGGCCACUGAUAUGUUCAGAGUGUGGAAAAUGUUUUACAAAGAAAUCAUAUCUUGUUAUACAUCACAGAAUUCACACAGGUGAGAAGCCAUUUCCAUGUUCUGAGUGUGGGAAAUGUUUUACACAGAAAUCACAUCUUGUUAGACAUGAGAGAAGACACACAGGUGAGAAGCCAUUUUCCUGUUCCGAGUGUGGGAAAUGUUUUGCACAGAAAUCAGCUCUUGUUAGACAUGAGAGAGAGCACACAGGUGAGAAGCCAUUUCCAUGUUCUGAGUGUGGGAAAUAUUGUGUAAGUAAAUCACAACUUGUUACACAUCUGCGCAGUCACACAGGUGAGAAACCUUUUCCAUGUUCUGAGUGUGGGAAAUGUUUUGCAUGUAAAUCACAUCUUGUUAUACAUCACAGAAGUCACACAGGUGAGAAGCCAUUUCCAUGUUCUGAGUGUGGGAAAUAUUGUGUAAGUAAAUCACAACUUGUUACACAUCUGCGCAGUCACACAGGUGAGAAACCUUUUCCAUGUUCUGAGUGUGGGAAAUGUUUUGCAUGUAAAUCACAUCUUGUUAUACAUCACAGAAGUCACACAGGUGAGAAGCCAUUUCCAUGUUCUGAGUGUGGGAAAUGUUGUGUAAGUAAAUCACAACUUGUUACACAUCUGCGCAGUCACACAGGUGAGAAACCUUUUCCGUGUUCUGAGUGUGGGAAAUGUUUUGCAUGUAAAUCAGAUCUUGUUAUACAUCACAGAAGUCACAUAGGUGAGAAGCCAUUUUCUUGCUCUGAGUGCGGGAAAAGUUUUACCUGGAAAUCCAAUCUUGUUAGACAUGAGAGAGAGCACACAGGUGAGAAGCCAUUUCCAUGUUCUGAGUGUGGGAAAUGUUGUGUAAGUAAAUCACAACUUGUUACACAUCUGCGCAGUCACACAGGUGAGAAGCCAUUUUCUUGCUCUGAGUGCGGGAAAUGUUUUACACACAAAUCACAACUUGUUACCCAUCAGCAAAGUCACACAGGUGAGAAGGCAUUUCCAUGUUCUGAGUGUUGGAAAGGUUUUGCACACAAAUCACAUCUUGUUAUACAUCAGAGAACUCACACAGGUGAGAAGCCAUUUUCUUGCUCUGAGUGCGGGAAAUGUUUUUCACAGAAAUCAGUUCUUGUUAUACAUCACAGAAGUCACACAGGUGAGAAGCCAUUUCUAUACUCUGAGAAAUAAAUCAUCUCUUGUUGCACACAAUAGACAUCACUCAGGUGAGAAACCAUUUUAAUCUUCUGGAGUAUACUUAUC